AUGGCACAUCCUUCAAGCAGCCCUCCCUGCGAUAGUAGUGCUGUGCAUUCUUCAACUACUGUCAAAGCAUUGUCUUCUAUCAUUUCUCAGACAUGUGUCCAACCACAUGCUGGACUUCAUGUGUCAUGGUCAACCCCAUUAGCACAGACCACAGUUGUUCCUGCAAGGGAAUCACAUGGAGCCAAUCCUCUACUAGCUGCUGCUGGCAUCCCUCAAUGUUCUUCACCACAUGAUGCUGUGACCAUUGUAGGUGAUAUGGCAGGUCUCAAUUUGAUGCAAGUGACCUCUAGUGUGGGUAGUAGCAUACUUCAUGCUCACAUACCAUCACCUCCUGGCCCACCCUCUGACACAUUACACUCUCAACCAACCAUUGCAGCUCGAGUGGUUCAUCACAGUUUUCCCAUCAUCAACCCAAAUUUGCGCCACAUUGCUAGGCGAUUCCUGGGGAGGCAACCUCCCACUAAUACUGUUCACUCUGAUAUCAUUGAUGACAGAGCUGCUACCACAAUGGCAGAACCACAGGAGGCAGUUCACAAAGAGCCAUUGAGUGGCACUACAUCUAUAAGUAUGAAUGGUGCAGUUGCCACUCCCCCACUCAGGCUAGCCACCACUGUCUUAGUAGAGGAUCUCAUUGACAGUGAGGAGGAAAAUAUGCAACAAAAGCCAAACAAUCAAAAGAGAAAACAGAGGAAUAUUCAGACCCCAUCGCCACCAAUCACCGUUAUCAACACCGCCAAGCGCCGAGUUGCUUCGGAAUCCAGCGACACGUCCGAGGAUGUUCCUCAAAAGCGCCAGAAGCUGAAGCACAGCGCCCAGGCUGCCACUUCGGCCACGAACUUGCCUCGUUUCAACUCAGGUUCGGCGACAAGUGAUACCGAUCACGUUCCGCCACGCUCAGCGUCUUCUUCAAACAGACAUUCAUCCAGCAGCAUCGAAGUCUUUGACGGAGUCGUCGUUCGCAACUCGGACGGUCCGAAAUCCAUCGCAGAUGCGUACAACACUCGUGUGGAGUCUUCCGUCGCUCGUCGUGACAACCCGCCGAAGAAGUCGGGGAAGGUGUCGGUUUCGGUUGAAUUGCCGGUGCGCGCUCCCAAGAAGUCAGGUGGAGGUGCGGUGGCGACGAGCAGCAGGGUGCGGGUGGAGGACAUGCAAGAGACGGCCGAUGUCGAAACCGCCGAUCACCAGCGGGCAAAAAACCACGCGAGUGUGGUCUCGAGGAAAGUGCGUCGCUGGGCGGAUAGGUUGAAAGGGAUACAUACCGCGUAUUUGGAAGCCCUGUUUGACGAAGAAAUCAUUCCUAUGUCCGGACGUGAGAUUCUGGAGUUAUUGAAAGAGAUCGACGAGGACAAGAAUUGGGCUACUCGUGCGGAAAUCGAGGAUUCUCAUCUCGAACAGUUUCUCAGCAUUGUCGUGGAUGCCCAUCUAGCGAACGGCACUGAAGCCCACAAGCUUGCAACACUCAUCCUUGACAACUUUGCGCAAAGGUUCCACAACUUGAGAUACCCACGCAGACGGUGAAGGGAGGAGGUGAGGUC